GGGGCCGCGGGCGAGGCCUGCCCUGCCCUGCCCUGCCCCUCAGCGCGGGCCCCGCCGCCCUGCCCCGAGCCUGAGGCGCCGGGUGCCGCAGGCAGGUGGAACGGGGCACCCGCGGCGGGACCCCCGAGGCGGGCAGAGCCGGGAGCAGCCUCCCACGGCACCGGGGCCUCGGACCGGCUCCUCCAUCCCCGAGCGCCGGCGGCGGCUGGGCCAUCAUGGCGACCUCCCCUCAGAAGUCCCCCUCUUCCCCCAAGUCCCCCACCCCUAAGUCGCCCCCAUCCAGAAAGAAAGAUGACUCCUUCCUGGGCAAGCUGGGCGGCACGCUGGCGAGGAGGAAAAAAGCCAAAGAAGUAUCUGAAUUACAGGAAGAAGGAAUAAAUGCCAUUAACUUACCUCUCAGUCCAAUUCCAUUUGAACUAGACCCUGAGGACACUAUGCUAGAGGAAAAUGAAGUUCGAACAAUGGUUGAUCCAAAUUCAAGAAAUGACCCAAAAUUACAAGAACUAAUGAAGGUAUUAAUUGACUGGAUUAAUGAUGUGUUGGUUGGAGAGAGGAUUAUUGUGAAAGACUUGGCUGAAGACCUGUAUGAUGGACAAGUAUUGCAGAAAUUAUUUGAGAAACUUGAAAGUGAAAAGCUGAAUGUUGCUGAAGUUACUCAGUCUGAAAUUGCUCAGAAACAGAAGCUACAGACAGUGCUUGAAAAGAUCAAUGAAACCCUUAAACUCCCUCCAAGAAGCAUUAAAUGGAAUGUUGACUCUGUUCAUGCUAAAAGUCUUGUGGCAAUACUUCAUCUUCUGGUUGCAUUAUCACAGUAUUUUCGAGCACCCAUCAGACUCCCAGAUCAUGUGUCCAUUCAGGUGGUUGUUGUGCAGAAACGAGAAGGAAUCCUCCAGUCUCGACAAAUCCAAGAGGAAAUAACUGGUAACACUGAGGCAUUAUCUGGAAGGCAUGAAAGAGAUGCAUUUGACACUUUAUUUGACCAUGCUCCAGACAAGCUCAAUGUAGUGAAAAAGACUCUCAUCACCUUUGUGAACAAGCAUCUGAAUAAAUUGAAUUUGGAGGUGACUGAACUGGAGACCCAGUUUGCAGAUGGUGUGUACUUAGUUCUGCUCAUGGGUCUCCUAGAAGGCUAUUUUGUUCCUCUGCACAGCUUUUUCUUGACUCCUGAUAGUUUUGAACAAAAGGUCCUCAAUGUAUCCUUUGCAUUUGAGCUAAUGCAGGAUGGUGGAUUGGAAAAGCCAAAGCCAAGACCAGAAGAUAUUGUAAAUUGUGACUUGAAGUCUACACUGAGAGUACUGUACAAUUUGUUUACCAAGUACAGGAAUGUGGAGUGAAGAAUUGAUCUGGGUCCUGCAGGAGUGUUAACAAAGAAAGCAUCAUAACUGGCAUCUUUUUCAUCGGUAUUCCUCUGCAUCUUUAUCCUAAAAGGAACUAAACCACUUAUCUGAAGAAUUUUUUCAUUGGUUAUUCAUGCACUACUAUUUUCAUAGUAGAUUUAAAGCUAAUAUUACUUACGAAGAUAAAAGGUUUGGAGGGAGGUAUUUGGGUAUAUUCUGGGAGGAUUAAUGUUUCAAUAAUGACUGUCUUCAUACUGUUUCGUAGUAGGUAGAACAAGAUGGAAAAAAAAGAUUUAGUAACAUUAAUUCAAAUCAUUCUUUGAAGCUGAUCAUAGGAAGAAUGUGUACUGAGUAUUUUAAUUUUUUUUACAUAUAUCUUUUCUAAUCUGGGGAGGGGAAGGACAUGUUCUAUACAUGAUAAGAUGGUUGCAUUCUAAUUAUGAGAAACAUGCAGGGGGAGAAAGGGUUAAAUACUCUUGUUCAUAUCACAGCUAAAAAGAAGACACUUUCUCAAGCACUUAACCUGAUUAAUUUAUAUUUCCAGUGCUAUUAGGCUUGAAUUUUAUGGGCACAAACUGAAGUGGCUACUCAUUCCUUCAGACUUACUGUAAUGUGAUACUCUGAUUUAAAUACAUGUUAUUGAGCAUUCCACAUAAGCACACUUUGCAGCUUGUCACUUGGUUUUGUUCAAGGAAGAUAUCUUUUUUGCAAAGUACACAUUUCAGGAACACACACCUGUACACAGUUUCCCUAUAAUAUUUGUAUUAUUACAUAGUAUUAGAAAGUAAAAGAAUGGCUUGCUUUUUUUUUACUAGUUUAAACACAGGAUUACCAGGUUGCAAGUUUGGAUUUAUUGCUAAAGAGGAUUUAGAAUUCAUCCCUUUGAUUUUAUGAUGAAUGUAUUUUGCUGCAUAAUGUCCAACACAAAAACAUGAGACUCAUUUUCUAGAAACAUUCUUGUAGAGUUUCAGAUCCAAAAGCACGGCUUUUUGGUCACAGCUACUCCCAUCUGCAGAUUCUGUUACAGCGUAAGGUUCUUUGGCCAUUUUACAUGGCUGUAAAGAAUAGUUUUAUCUAAUCAUCACCAAUUAUAAGCUGUUACCUGUUUGGUUUUAGCUAUAACAAAGACACAAAAGAGAAAUGAGAGUUGAUUCUUUCCUUAAGACUCAUGUCAAGCACCAGUUAUGUUUCCAUAAAGAAGCUGAUAGAGACUGCCUGAAUCAUCAAAAACUGCACUGGCAUAAGCUGAAGAGUAAACUAAUCACUUGCUGGAAGUCUUGAUGUUAGUAUUAGAUAACUUUCUAAAUUAAGCGUUCCAGUGCAAUCACAGGAUCUUGGGAUCCGGGGUUAGACAGUAAGGAGAAAAAAAUCCUUAGGCAGAAAUUACUGGACAACUGUUCAGAAAUCUUUGGACCUCUUAGUGCAGGAGGGAGACUUGUUAACAGUCAUCCAAUUAUGGCAGAACUGGUAUAGGUAAAAGGGAAAGCAGUCUGUCAGCUGUUGAGUCUGUUCAUCUGAAGAAACGCAGUGCUGGCAAGAAGAGUUAUUAACAGCUGUAUGUUACUUAUUUUAUAAAGCAUUACCUAUUUUUCCAUUUUCCAGGGCUUUUCUUUUUUUUUUCUUUUUUUUUAAUGUAGAGCUUUCCAGUGAACAUUAGCAUAAAGGGAAGACAAGCAAUUAUGUUCUGUCUUUGAUAAACACUAGCUGAUGUUUAAUAACAAGAUGAUACUGACUUCUGCUGGGGGGCUACAGAAAUUAUUCUCCUGAGAAGUAAGUAUCAACUUUUGCAAAGGGAAGUCAGUAUUUAAUUCAAAGGACAAUACCUGGCCGUUCUCUGAACUCAAAAGUUGUUAUCUGAUUGUUAUAAGAGUUCUAAAUAUCUUUAUUAAAGCAUAUUGUUACCUCUGUAUUUAUAAUUGAGCUUCUGAAAUUAGAGGUACAGAAAAGAACUAUUAUUUGCUUUUUACAGGGGGAAAUAGCUGGACAUUUUGACCUUGAUGAAAAUUAACAUGUUUUCAUUAUACCUUUAGUAUCUGAGAAGCUAAACAAUAGGAAUUAACCCAGCACUUUUUGGGCAAACUGAGACAGAACUUCUCACGUAUAUACCAGCAGCAACUUCAGCUUAUUUUAAUGUUUAACAUGCAGUUUUUUCAUUUGCACAGCUAGAUUGUAGUCUUUUUAAUAGUUAAUUAAAAAAUAUAUGAUAGUUUUUCUGCAGAUCUUACUCAGCUGAAACACCCUUUUACAUCUCAACAAUGCCAAAACAUUUUGAUUGCCCUUGUUUUCAGGAGUGCACUUUCUUUAAAGAGGAAAUUUAUAUAUGUCAAGGGAAAAAGGUUAGGAACAGUGAAACUGGUUUUUGCCCAGACUUGAAAAUUACUAUUCCUGUGCUAUAUUGGUGUAACAGUAUUGGAGAUUUUCAAGUCUGUCAGACUCCAUUUUCCAUCUUUAAAAAACAUGGAACUGAGACAGAAUGAUCAAAUCCUCAUGCUGAAAUGCAAUUAUGCAGAACCAUAGAAACAUUUCAACAAUAACCAACCCUUACACAAUUAUCUAUCCUAUGGUAAGAAUUUAUGUAAAUUAAAGUCUGCUAUAUAAACAAGAGUAUCCUAUCUAAGUAUAGACCCAUGUGAUAGUUUUAACACAUUCACACAAAUAGUGUAUGCUGCCAUGUAGGAAUUGGGUCACUGCUUAUAUUUUUGACAGUGUAGAUUUAAAUAGCUAUCAGAUGAAUAUGAAAACUAAUAUACAGAUUAUAUCUAAUAUUUAUUGCUUUGAUACAGAAUAUUAUAGAAACAUAGAAUACUACUGUAGACAGUUUGCUCUUCAGCAAUCAGUGUAGGCCAGCACCUUCCUUUGGGGAAGUGAAAUGUUAAGUUAGCCGGGCCAAAUUCUGCUGACACCUACAAUGCUUUUAUUGAUACACAGCUGUGUGUACUGACGUGCAGCUCAAUGCAGAGUUUUCCUUGCUCUUUAUAUUAAGAUAGAAGUUGUUUAAGUUUUAGGUCAGUCCUGGGUUUAUUUAUAAUGACUUCCAAUGAUGAAAUAGAUCCAAAUCAAUGGACUUAGCCCAGGUAAGAGAUGAACAGUCACUGGGGGGAGGCCAGUUUCUCUGCUGGUCCCAGAGGGAGCCUCUGGUCUGGAGGCUGCUGUCUCAGUGCUUUGGCUAGUUCCUAAAGCCAGGUGGUACGAAUCCAAGCCAGUGCCUUAAGAUCUCAGGGGUGUAUUUGGAUCACAUCCACCAGACUGAGGCGCUUGUCUGUCAUGCCCUGUCCCAUGAAGGCCCACAGGGAGCUGAGUCCGCUGAAAACCAUCAGAUUAUUAGCCUGCCUUGAGUAACAAACAGGAAGCAUUUCUGCUGCUUUAUGAAACUGCCAAAAGAACAGAGUUUUCUGUGCUUCUCUGACUUCUAAUCCGUCCAUUGCAUCCAGCAAUAUGGUUGUCCAGAUUUGUUUUGUGGUUGGAGAUAGGCAUCCUUUCCCUGUUGAUGGAUCCUGGCAUGCAUUGUCAACCACAAAAAACUUACUUUUUUCAAAGAGGAGCUACAAAUUCUUAAAUAAUUACCCAAAAUCCUAACAUCUUGAGGUCAACUCCUUUCAAAUUCCUUUCCCAGCGGACUGGCAUUUAGUUGCCAUAAAGAACAGGCUCUAGAAAAAAGGUAUUGAAGGAAUCUCUGCAUAAUUUUACUUGAGACAAACACAUCAAGUCCAGGAGUGUAUUACUUUAUAUUUCCAGUGGAGUCCAGAUGCACUAAGUUUCUUAUUAAAUGAGCUGACUGCAGAAUAUCUAGUUCUUGGCAUUUCUUGGUAGAUAUCUCCUGUUAUAGGGGGGCAGCAGCCCUUGCAGCUACGUAGUUCAGGAAUUCAGGUGGACGAGCGAGUUCUGGGUAAGGUCCUGAUCUGCUUCCACGGACUCUGGACCAAGUUGCUGAUUAGCAUGUCUCCAUGUAAACCAGUGGCAUUAAAUCAACAGGGCAUUUGGUCCAUUCUCUUUUACAGAGGGUUACAGUACUUGGGGAGGUUCUACACGCAGGCAGACUAUAUUGAUUGAGAUAAAUGCUACUUGGUUGACUUUUGUUCUUAAUUAUUUUCUUAAAGUAUGUUUUUAAAUUCAUGUUUCAGAUUAAUUUAGCGGAUACCUUACUGCAAUCCACAGUGUUGUAAAGCAGAAUGGCUUUGAAAAGUAGUGGAUUUUAUUUCAUUAGAGAAAGGUAUAUAUGAUAUUUAAUAUACUAGAUACUAGCUUUAGGUCUAGUUUUUGUUAUUCUUGUCUUCCUAUCAAAACAGCCUUCAUGAAUGGCCUCUGUGUGUGCCAGGCACCCAAAGAGAAAACAGUGCCUUGAAGACCACUUGCAAGAUUUUCUACCCUGUUCCCUAAUAGUCCUUUGUCAUUUUCCUAUAAGAAUUAGUGUGGGCUUUCUCUUUACAGUUAAAGUAUAAUCAAAGGCUGAAGAAAUCCUUUGUAGAAAGUUACAAUGAAUUUAAAGUAAGAUAUUUUGUUUUGAUGCUUCACGUGAAAAAUUGAGAUAGCACCACCAAAAUUAUGCAUACCUCAGCAUCCACAGAUUUUCCAAGGAGGUUUUGAGUCAUUUGAUGUUUACUAGGGCUGAUUUUAUGUAUUUUGACAAUAUUUUCCAUGUAACUGUUUCUUUUUGCAAUAAUGAGAUUUUCUUUUCUAACAGUUUAAUAAUACACACUCUGCAACAAUGUUAGUAUCACUGAAAUAUUUGGUUCUCAAUUUCAAUAUCAAACUAACUGAGAAAAAAGAAUAUUUGCAAAAUUUGCUUCUUAAUGUGUGUAUCUGAGAAGAAUUGUUUAAAUUAAACUGCAUUGACUUCAACUGCAGAGUUGGUAGCUUUCACAGGAUAUACUUUAUGUACUCUGUAAGAGACACUCUGUUGCUGAUUUUUUUCCUGUGCUUUUUCUGAAACCUUUGUUAUGAACCACAAUAAAAUCUGCACCUGAAAAUCAA